AGAGAAGCCAAUGCGGGUGGGGCUUCCAUCUGUCAUUGCCAUGACAAAGCUGCCUCAACAACAACAAACAAAAACAACAACAAUUGCCUGAACACCGGAAGUCGCCGCUAUGAAGGUCAUCGUCACUGGCUGCAACGGCCUGGUCGGCAGCGCGCUGGUGCGGCAGUGCAUUGCCAACCCGGCCAUCUCGCACGUCUUCGCUCUGACGCGCAAGCCGCUGCCCGAGGCCGUCACCAACAGCCCCAAGGCCACCGUCAUUGAGCACGACGACUUCUCGGCCUACCCUCCCGAGCUGCUUGCCCGGCUUGCCGGUGCCGAGGGGUGUUUGUGGGCCAUCGGCGGGAGGGCACCGCAGUUCCCCGACGUCGAGACUGCCAGGAAGGUGCACGUCGAGUACACCCAAGCCGCAGCCAAGGCGUUCCUCGGGCACUUGGUGCCCCAGCUGCCCGAGGGCAAGCAGUUCCGGUUCGUCUUCUGCAGCGGCGCCCUGGCCGAGUGGGACCAGCAGAAGCCACUGUACUUCAUGGCGGACACCCGCCGGAUCAAGGGAGAGACCGAGCGGGGUCUGUGUGAGAUUGCCGACGGCGACGCGACAAAGCGCUUCGCGGUCUACUGCGCCCGGCCCAGCGGCAUCCUCCCUGCUGAUGCUGGCGUCGCUCGCAAGCUCUCCGGGAGGCUGUUCAAUGCAAUCGGCGUCGAUCAGCUUGCGAAGGCCAUGGUCCGCAUUCUCCUGGAAGGAUACAAAGAGAGGAUUAUCGAAAACAGCGAACUGCAGAAGCUUUGAUUAAGUCUUGCCUUGUUAUAUUGUGUCAGUCCUCCCCCAGCAUGCUGUUGCAUGGCUCUGGGAUUGUUGAAGGUGCGUCUGAAGCGUGUCUUGGAGACGAGGAUGCGUUUGAAAUCGCAAGCUUCUUUUUGUGCGCAUUCUGGAAGCUUUCGCAGUCCU